AUGGAUCCGGAUUGUGCUAUUUGCCAUGCUCCUGCUAGCCUCGCCUGCGACUGCGAGGCUAAGGGCCUCGAGAUUGCCGUCGAGCAAGCAGAGGCCCGUAUGAUGCAGUCAGUGUAUAACGACAUACGUUCAUGGGUUCGAGCACAUGCUCAAGACUACAUACUUGAAUAUUUCCGGCUGCUCACCGAGAGACGCAAGGCCGCACACACAUCCCACCUCGAACGACUAUCAGCUCACGCCUACCAUUACUAUCACGCCCCACCGCAUCCGAACGAGAUUGCCGCCGCUCAAGCGACUCUGAAACGAGGAAUCGACGAGGAUUGGCAAUCCAGUGUUCAGCGGUAUCCAGAAGUGUUAGAAUACUUCUUCAGCUUGGUGGAGUUAACACUCCCACCCGAUGACGAACCUGCAGUCAAAGACCCUCCCUUAAGUGCCUUGCAAGGAUCACGGAAGGCGAACAGACGAGGAACGUCGACGGCUACGGUGGCAGGAGAUAGCUUCCCUGAAAGAGAACGGGAACGCAAUCCUCUUGCGAGAAGGACACCCCCACCUCCUAUGGACCGGAGAACACCGGGUCCGGUUGUGAAUCCACUUGCCCCACCGCCGAGUCAACGGAGACAUAGCUACCGACCUCCUACUGCGCCGCCAACGGCCUACUUCCACUAUUAAUCUAAGUCACCUAUAAGGAGAGACGGCUUGAAGCUUGUCUCCCUCUGUACCCGCACUAGCCAAAAAAUACGGCUACGACAGCUUGACGUCCGAACGGGUUAAUCCUCCCUCCUAUCCGUCAUAACUUGUAAAAUUGGAUCCACAGCACAUACGACUCCUUCAUUGCCUCCCUCCGACUUUCACCCUUUCUAACAUUAAUUCGAAAAAAGAACG